CUUCUCCUACCGCGGGUUGCGGGCAUGUACCUGAUCAGUGGACUAGCUUUCCUCAUCUACGUCACGAAAUUUCCCGAGAGGCUACUUUCCGGCCGCGUGGACUACCUCGGCCACUCGCACCAGUGGUGGCACCUGCUCGUCGUGCUGGCGCUCUACUACUGGCACAACACCGGCAUUCAGUACGUCGAGUACCGCAUGAACCACGGCUGCGGCUUCACCAGCUAG